UCUUCCUAUUAUUGCACGUUUUACUGCUCGUCAACAUUAAUACUCAAAAUGGUGAAGUCGUGUGUGGCGGUCGGUUGCAAAAACCGAGAAGAUAGACGGAGAGACUUGAAUUUUUACCGUAUUCCAAGAGACUCGAAGAGGAGGCCGCGAUUGACUGCUGCAAUUCGACGAGAAAAUUGGGCUCCAAACGACUACCACAGAUUAUGUAGUAGUCAUUUUAUAUCUGGUGCCGUGUCGCACUACGGUUGGAAGGGGGCAAUGGACAUCAUAGAAGUGGAAAACGCUGUUAGGCAAGCGAAGAAAACUUGAUGUGCCCACAACCACACUUACUGUACGUUGAUUGACAAACAGGUAUCUCGAGACUACGCGCAUUUUACUUUUUACUUACAUGCUGCCUGAAGUUGUGGAUGACUGAUGGAAG